AUGACCCUAACCCUAACCCUCCCCUAAACCUAGCCCUCCCCUAACCCUUUGAUCCCGUAGUAGGCUCCAAAUUUAGCCUCAGAAAUCUAACCCCAUUCGUCCGAUGAUCGCGGCCUAACCGAGGUAACUGGUCUUUGAAUCCUCCUUGCACCGCAAACCCUCCAUCUACAUCCCUUACCCUAAUACUUCGCAGUAUUGUAUCCGCCAACCCUCCUUUAGUUUCCGCCAUGCCAGCCGGUCGUCCCCCGAAAUACCGCACGGAAGCAGAAAGGAGUGCAGCACGGUUGGAGCAGUACAGAGUCGGGUCGCGGAACUACCGGGCAAGGAAGAAGGCGAGAACUGUUCCGCGAUGUGAAAACAGUCCCGCUAUCCAAGGCGGUGUCGGUAAUAAUUUAGCCCCGGCGCCAACAGCAGUUAUAUCGAACACGUCGAGAACAGUGUUAGCAGCCUAUAGAACUAACGUCGCCUGCGCUUUACCGCGUUUAGCCCCUAAACCAGCAGCAGUUGUAUCGGACGCGUCGAGUACAGUAGUAGCAGCCCAUAGGGCUAACGUCGCCUGCGCUUUACCGCGUAACAGUAUACUAGACAUUCCCCAACGCAGGCCAACAGCGCCCAUCCAACAGUCGCCUACCAUUGCGCUGCCCACGCCCCGCCUACGCAACUCGUUGCAACUGUUCCACCAAGUAUAGCAUUUGCGAAGGCCCCUCUCUCGCCACCGUUACCCCCGUACGAUCCAUCCGAGGACGGCGACUCGUUAGUGUCCCCAUUCGACGCGCAUAACGACCUUGGCGACUCCGAAACCAUACAUGGAUAUGUGGAUC